AACAAAAACUAAUAGAGUGGGGAGGGAUCACAAGAGGGAUUUUAAGUUUUAACUUCAUGUAACAAGUAAAUCUCAGGAAACACCAAAAAGGGUUCCUAACGACGCCACUGAAACAAAAAAUGGCGGAAGUCCCGACCAUCGACCUCACAAACUUCCCCUCCGACAAACCCAAGCUCAGGCAAGCCUGCGAGAACCUCGGCUGCUUCCGCGUCAUCAGUCAUGGCAUCCCAUCCUCCCUGCGCGCCGACAUGAAGUCCACCUUGCGCUCCCUCUUCGAUAUCCCCGCCCACAUCAAGCGCCUCAACUCCGACAUCAUCCCUGGCAGCGGCUACGUCGCUCCGUCCCCUGCCAACCCUCUCUACGAAGCCUUUGGCCUAUACGACGCCUCUUCCUCUCUUGACAUCCUCUCCUUCUGCUCCAAUCUCCAAGCUUCCCCUUUCCAGCAACACACCAUUGCAACAUACUCCUCUAAGCUCCAUGCUCUGGUUGUUAAUAUAGCAAACAAGAUAGCAAAGAGCAUUGGAGUUCCUCACUAUUCUUUUGAGCAUUGGCCUUGCCAGUUUCGCCUCAACAAGUACUUUUUCACUCAGGAAACAAUUGGCUCUUCUGGUGUUCAGAUCCAUACUGACUCUGGCUUCCUCACUGUUCUCCAAGAGGAUGAUUCUGUUGGUGGCCUUGAGAUCAUGGAUCAAACUGGUACUUUUGUUCCGGUUCAUCCUGUUCCUGAUUCCUUUCUUAUCAAUCUUGGGGACAUUGCAAAGGUGUGGAGCAAUGGAAGACUGCAGAACUUGAAGCAUAGAGUGCAGUGUAAGGAGGCAGUGGAGAGGAUUUCAAUUGCCUUGUUCUUGCUCGGGCCGAAGGAUGCUCCAGUGGAGCCGCCGUCGGAGCUGGUGGACUCACACCACCCACGUUUGUACAAAUCUAUCACUGUUGAAAACUACCGGCAGCUCCGGCUUUCAACUGGAUCACGCGUUGGUGAAAGCCUCCCCCAUUUACUGCUCUAGUUGAUGCAUGUUUAAAAAAAAAUAAGAUGAUUUUGAUUUUACUUGUCAAUCGGAUGAAAGCUUGAAUAAUCAUUCUGAAUCUUUGGCUAAAUCUCUGUGUACAAGAUAUCUGAAUGUUGAUUUGUAUGAUGACCAUUUUA